UGGCGGCUAGCGCAUGGCGUUGUUUACUUCACCUCGCAAGAUUUCGUCGGAAUUCAUGGUGUUUUAAAAGAGUGCCGCAUUUCCCUACGAGUGUCACGUACCUUUAGAGCAUUGUUGCUUCUCGUGUAACACAGUGACAGUGCUCUACCGCCGUCUACAGCGCAAAACUGUCUAGAAACAGCUGUGUGGCCAGCUGGCAACGCGCCGGGAUCGUAGCAGACCUUGGAUGACGUCACUAGCUGUGGCAACGGUUCCCGCCACAGCGGACGCGCCGUGAUCUGGACGCAGAGAUGGCGCCAAGAGGUGCAGGAUAUGAACUCGUUCCACCAGAUGGAGGAUGGGGCUGGAUGGUCGUCUUAGGAGUAGCACUCAGUAAUAUGACCAACCAGUGCCUCAACACGAUAUUCAGCAUGCUCUUCGGUGACAAAUUGCUGUCCUUGGGUCUGGAGACAACAAGCGCAGCCGUCAUCAUGAAUUCGAUGCAGGCAGUGAUGCAAUUCUCCGGUCUCCUCACCGGGCCGUUGCUGAAGAAAUUCUCUAUUCGUCAAGUGUCCAUCGUCGGCAGUCUGUUUACUGCGGGAGGCAUGUUCCUCACGAGUUUCGCCAACUCAUUCACCCACAUAAUCAUUACUUACAGCUUGUUAAUAGGUCUCGGUAGCGGCCUCGUCGAACCGUCCGGUUUCCUGGCCGUCAAGAACUACUUUCUCAAGAAACGGGGCAGCGCCGUCGGCAUGUCUACAGCGGGCGGCAACGUGAGCCUGAUGGUGAUGCCGUACCUGGUGUGGGUGCUGCUGGAGACCUACGGCUUCGGCGGCGCCAUGCUCAUCAUGAGUGGCGUGUCAGCGCACGGGCUGGUGGGCAGCCUGCUCUUCCAUCCGCUCGAGUGGCACGCCGCGCGCCGACCAGUCGCCAGAGAGCUGGAGCCACUCAAGGGUGAAGCCGAGGCUGGCGCUCUCCGCUCCCCAACUGAAGUUGGAAGACGUCAGGAAAAGCGAUCGAGGCAGGGCGCCUCUGACCCAUCGCUAGCUACCUGCGAACUGAGCAACACAAGUGGUGCUCCACCCAGCCAUCUUGAUGCAGAGAAACGGCCCCUUUGGCGUCGCGCCGUAGCCUUCAUGGACCUGGACCUGCUGCGGAGUGGCGUCUACCUGAACGUUAUUGUCGGGACAGCAGCCAUGGUGACCGGCACCAUCAACUACGGCAUGCUGCUACCCUUCUACCUGCAGCGGCACGUCGGGUUGACGCUUUCAGACACGGCGCUCGUCCUCACCAUGAGGGCGGUCGGCGACUGCCUGGCGCGCUUCGGCGUCAACUACUUCACGGACCGGUUCCACGUCCGGCCGCGUGUCACCUUCCUCGUGGGUUCCGUCCUCAGUAGCCUCUGUCGCUCAGCGGUGGCCAUGUCUUCUGGAUUGGUGGCGCUGUGCGUGUGCAGUGGCUUGUGCGGCUUCUUUCGGGGCGCCGCCGUUGUCAACAUAAACCUGUGCGUCGCCGAAGUCUGCCCCGAGCACAAGCUGCCAGGCGGUGUUGGCCUCAACAUGGUCAUCUGCGGCAUCAUGCUUCUAGCAGUUGGCCCCAUUCUAGGUUACGUCCGUGACGAGACGGGAGACUACCCAUUGUGUAUACACCUCCUCACUGGACUGGUGGCUUUCUGUAUGCUGAUGUGGCUUGCUGAGGGCAUCUUGCGAUGGUACCGUCAGAAGAAAUGACUUUUCGCCUUCCAUCAACCAUCGAGUGGAAUCUCCGUUCACAUUGUAGCCAUUGACCAAUCUGGCAGAGUUAUAUUGGCCCGUUGGAAUCACUUUGCACAGCGAAGGCAUCCAGUUGCUGUCAGCAUAAAUGCCUCUGGAUACAGUCGCUUUUUAUGGUUUAUGAGUACUGUUCAUAUGCGAGGUUUCAAUUGCAUUAUCACAAAGAUAAGGGACGAACACUUUGAACUUUGUAAUGUGUAUAAUUGAGACGAAAGAAUACCAUACACAGCUAACUGCGGAGACGGAAAACCUGUGAAAAUUCUUGAAGGUUCAUUCAGUUACUAUAUUUUCUGUGUAGCUGAAAAUGCAAAAAAGACCUAUUUCUCACAUUCACAUAUUAUGUGAGUUUGGACAGAGAAGAUAGAACUUAAUGCUAGGACUUGUAAUUUUAUACGUUUUAAGACGACAUUUUGUACAAAGGCAUGAAUAUAAUAUGUAGAACAAUAUAAAAGAAGUAACAUUAGUUGAACACACAAUCUCUAAUUGUCGUCUAAGAGGUGGCAGGAUUUUCACACGAACUUCCCUCGGGUAGAACCCUUACUACCAAAAGUAACUACUUCCGUAAAUGAAGUAUUUUUCACUACACAUUUCCACAAAAUUUAUAGGAGUGUUGACGCCACAAUCAACUUGAAAUACU